UCUCUCUCUCUCUCUCUCUUUUUUAUACCUCUUCUUUGCUUUCCGAGAUCUCUCUCUCUCUCUUUUCAUUCUCUCUUGUAAAAAAAAACGCGUUGCAUUUGGAACGUAUAAAUAUCUAAAAAUUUUUUUUCAUAUAAAAGGUUUUUGGAUAUAUAGAGAGAGAAUCUCGACGACGAUAUUAUGACUAUGGACGCACUAUCAGCGCCUGUUCAACAGGCUGUGGAAGUCUAUACAAAGGGAAUCAAAGCCUGGAUUAAAGAUGACGCCGAAGAUGGCGAGGCGUGGAUUUCUGCAACUGUGCUGAGCAAAGAAGUAACUGAUACCGGAGUCAAGAUUGUGUUCCAGAACGAUGAGGACGAGUCAAGAGAUCAUGUCUAUGAGUCGUCGUUGAAGCUUUUGGAAAAAACUCAAGGCGCCGAUUUGCCACCUUUGCGAAACCCGCCAAAGAUGGAGAACACGGAUGAUCUGACCAAUUUGAGUUAUCUUAACGAACCUUCCGUGCUGAACACGAUCCGCACUCGAUAUAUGCAACACAACAUUUAUACAUACUCGGGUAUCGUCUUGAUUGCCGCGAACCCGUUUGCGCGCGUUCAACUGUAUGAACCCGAUAUCAUCCAACAGUACUCUGGACGACGACGAGGCGAGUUGGAGCCUCACUUGUUCGCUAUUGCCGAGGAUGCUUAUCGUCAGAUGAUCCGAGAACAGCAGAACCAAACUAUUGUUGUUUCUGGUGAGAGUGGUGCCGGUAAGACGGUGAGCGCCAAGUACAUUAUGCGAUACUUUGCUACUGCGGAUGAUAAAGAAGCUGUUAGUAAGACGGUUAAGAUGACUGCUGGAGGCAUGACCGAGGUUGAAGAACAGAUCUUGGCCACGAAUCCUAUUAUGGAAGCAUUUGGUAACGCCAAGACAACUCGAAAUGACAACAGUUCGCGCUUCGGCAAAUACAUCGAGAUCCAAUUCGACAAAAAAUGCAAUAUCGUCGGUGCCAAAAUCAGAACCUAUUUAUUGGAACGAUCUCGUCUGAUUUUCCAGCCAGAGACCGAACGAAACUACCAUAUCUUCUAUCAGCUUUGUGCCGGCAUUCCAUUAUCAGAACGUAAAGAAUUCGAUCUCAAGGACUGGACCAAAUUCCACUACCUGAACCAAAGUGGCACAGGCAUUGUUCCUGGCGUGAACGAUGCUGAAGAAUUUGAACUGACCAAGAACAGUCUUUCUAUGGUGGGCAUCUCAUUACAAACUCAAUGGCAAAUCUUCCGGCUGCUGGCAGCACUGCUCCACAUUGGUAACAUUGAAAUUGGCGGACGAGGCGAUACAGCCGCGCUGAGCGAUUCAGAACCAGCCCUGAUGACUGCGACAAAACUACUCGGUAUCAAGACGUCCGAGUUCCGCAAAUGGCUCAUCAAGAGACAAAUCGUCACUCGAUCCGACAAGAUCGUAAAGAACCUAAGUCCUGCGCAAGCGACGGUCGUGCGUGAUUCGGUCGCCAAAUAUGUCUAUGCCAAUUUGUUCGAGUGGCUCGUCAGUGUGGUCAAUGAAAGCUUGUCGUGUCAGGAACCCGACUUGGUCAAUACGUUUAUCGGUGUCUUGGAUAUCUAUGGUUUUGAGCAUUUCAAAAAGAAUUCGUUUGAGCAGUUUUGUAUCAAUUAUGCAAACGAAAAGCUCCAGCAACAGGAAUAUGUGAAAGAACAAAUCGACUGGCAGUUUAUCGAAUUUAGCGAUAACCAGCGAUGUAUUGAAAUGAUUGAAGCACGAAUGGGUAUCCUGUCGCUUUUGGAUGAGGAAUCGCGAUUACCGUCUGGAACGGAUCAAGGUUUCUGUGACAAGCUAUUUGCCAAUUUCGCGGACCCCACCUACAAGGGCUACUUUAAAAAGCCACGCUUUUCCAACAGCGCCUUUACAGUGGUUCACUAUGCACACGAAGUCCAGUAUGAGGCCGAAGGGUUCAUUGAUAAGAACAAGGAUACGGUGCCAGAUGAGCAUUUGACCUUGCUACAAAAUGCGGAGUCAGGAUUCUUGGUGGAGAUGCUGCAGACCGCCACUGCUGCAGCUGCAGAAGCGGCCAAAGAAUCUGCCCCGCCAGCUAAAUCGCUCUCACUUAUCAGCUUGAUGGAUACCAUUGGUCAAACAAAUGUACAUUAUAUCCGUUGUAUCAAGCCAAACGAAGCCAAAGUACAAUGGGUGUUUGAGCCAAAUAUGGUGCUUGCACAAUUGCGCGCAUGUGGUGUCUUGGAAACCAUUCGCAUCAGCUGUGCCGGUUAUCCUUCGCGAUGGGCCUUUGAAGACUUUGCUGAUCGCUACUAUGCAUUGGUUAGUUCUGAAUAUUGGGAUCCCAACAAGAGUCCAGAUAUCCAGAAGCUUUGUCACGUCAUUUUGGAGCAGUCCAUUAAGGAUAGUGAUAAGUAUCAAAUCGGUCUCACCAAGAUCUUUUUCCGUGCUGGUCAGCUGGCUUACAUGGAGAAACUUCGAGCGGAUCGAUGGAAUGAAUGUGUGGUCUUGCUUCAAAAGAAUAUGCGUCGUUUCAUUACACGUAUUCGCUAUCUGCGAACAAAGGAUUUGGCUCUGCGUCUGCAGCAGGUUGCGCGCAAGAAGAUGGGUCAACGUCAACUAGAAUUGCUGCGCCAAGAGCGUGCUGUCAUUACCAUUCAAAAAUACGCUCGCGGUUUCCUCGCACGAAAGCAGUUGGAGCGACGACGCAAUUUUGUCACGCAUUUGCAAGCUGCCUGCCGUAGUUUGCUGGCUCGCAAAUCGUUUGGCUCUUUCCGCGAAAAUAAUGCUGCAACUCAGAUCCAGCGUCUGGUGCGAGGCUGGAUGACCCGCAAGCGUUAUCUUGCGCAACGCGACCAUAUUAUUGCUGUACAGACCUGCGUGCGUCGUCGACAAGCUCGCAAGAUGCUCGCCUCGUUGCGACAGGAAGCACGCUCUGCCACCCAUCUCAAGGAAGUCUCGUACAAACUUGAAAACAAGGUAGUCGAGCUGACACAAAACCUGACCCAGCAAAAGGAUGAAAAGAAGGCACUGCAAAAGCAAGCGACCCAACUCGAAAACGAAAUACAGUCAUGGAAGGACAAGCAUGGCAAACUAGAAGCGAAAAUGCAAAGGCUCGCGCAUGGCUCAUCCACAGCACAAGAAGAACUUGAAGCACUGCGUAGUGCACAUACCACACUUCAACAAGAGCAUGAAGAAACUGUGGCCAAGGUAGCCGAGCAGGACAAGGAAAUUGCCCGUUUGAGUGCUGAAGUAACGCGUCUGCGUCAGCAACCUCCACUCAAGGUGUCGACACAGCCCACACCCAAGGACGAAGAUGUGGCUGAACUCAAGAAUCAGAUUGCAGCACUCAAGGCACAACUUGCACAGAGCUUGAAGAAUGGUGGACCACGCCGACAGGCUUCUUUGAAUGCCUAUGGACGCAACUUGUCUCCUUCGCGCAUGUCGCCUACAACCCCCGGCGGUGGUAACAGCCGUCGUGGCAUUUCGCCCGAAAGAGUCAGUCCUCGUGGUCGAUCACCUACAGGCGCAAACAUGGCACCCUUCCGUCGAAACAGCCUGACGGAAUCCAAGCCGAUUGUAUAUGCUGAACCAGACCAGAUCCGCCCCAUGUCCAUUGAUCAUAUUGAAAGCUUGCGCGACGUGAACGGUAACCCUGAAGAGGCUAUCAUCCCGCCCAAUACACAGAAUCCACCGUCGCACAAAGAAGUUGUGUUCCCAGCCCACAUUAUCGGUUUGGGAGUGACCCAAAUGUGGCGCUUCGGUUACCUUGCCGAGUCUGAACGGUUGAUAUUCACUGUCAUGGAUACCGUUCAGAAGCACUGCUUGAGCUUUGGGGGUGAAGAUACAAUCAUACCCUGUGCAUUCUGGCUCUCCAACACACAUGAACUAUUGUCAUUGGUGUGCUCAACCGAGCAAGAGCUUGAGCGUGAGAUGCACUACAAUUCGGUGAACGGACGACGUGCGGUGGGCUGGCACGAUUUUGAAAAGCUUGUAUCGACGGUCAAGUUUGAGCUGCAAUGCUUAGAAGACAACCUGUAUCAUCACUGGUUGACUGAACUGAAGCAAAAGCUGAGCAAGAUGGCUGUGCCUGCGAUUAUCGAAAGCCAGUCGUUGCCGGGCUUCAUUGCGACAGACAACAACCGAUUCUUCAACAAGAUCCUGACGGGCGGAUCGAACCAACCGGCGUUUUCGAUGGACGACCUGCUCAACUUUCUGAACCGGGUGUACCGGGCAAUGAAAUGCUAUGAUGUCGAACCGUUUGUGAUGGAGCAAGGGCUCACCGAACUGCUGAAACUGAUUGGUGUCACUGCAUUCAACGACCUCGUGAUGCGCCGAAACUUUAACUCGUGGAAGCGCGCCAUGCAAAUCCAGUACAAUAUUACCCGGUUGGAAGAGUGGUGCAAGCUCCAUGAAAUGGGCGAGGCGACCCUGCAAUUGGAGCACCUGAUGCAAGCUGCCAAGCUCUUGCAGCUCAAGAAAUCAUCGUUGGAGGAUAUCAAGAUCAUUUACGAUGUCUGUUGGCUCUUGACGCCUACUCAGGUUCAGAAGCUGAUUCAGAACUACAAUGUGGCUGACUAUGAGGAUCCGAUCAGCAACGAUAUCCUGAGAGCCGUCGCAUCACGGGUGAGCAGUAGUGACAGCAAUGAUAUCUUGCUGCUGGACAAUGUGUCGUUGGAUGAUAGUCCAUACGAGGUGCCCGAGCCACAACUCGUGGUGGCCAACAUGUACCUUCCCUCUUAUCUUAAGCUGAAACUUCUACAACGGUUGAUGGGCCUGAUGCAACUUGCAAAUCAAAACCGACAGUACCAGCGACAGGAUUCCUUGUAA